AUGUGGAAGUCAUUAUUGCCAACCUACAUGCUGUCUGAGCUCCCGCUCCUCCGCAGUGGCCGCUGUCUAAGCUGCCAAUUCCGAAGCAACGCAGCACUUUCGCAUCUCCGCGCGAAGACCUCCGCGAUACGCCACUAUGCCUCUACAACUGGAGCAAAAGAAUCGAAGCUCGGCAAUAGCACUUCCGAGGCGACAAUAACCUCCCCGCCGCGCAGAGAGCCCCAGCCCGUGCGGCGCGGCACCCAGUUCCAACAAAACCCGGACAUGAAGCCCCAGCCGGGGGAUGCGGACUUCAAACCGCCGAUGCUGGACCGUCCCAUUGGAACGAACACUCCUCCAAUGGCGGGCCAGAAUACAGGAGUGGACAAACGUUCAUUGAAGCAGAGACGAGACGAGUUUGUGGAUUAUGAUCGGCAUCUUGAGCGGCGGAAAGAAUUGACUCGCCAAGUCGCCAAACCCUACUUCCGAGAAUGGUCAAACCUGCGAUUCCUGGAAGGUAAAACAUUCCUGUCGAACCCCCGACUCUUCAAAGGCGACAAGGCCUUAUACUUCCCCAACAUGUCCGGCGUUACACUCGCCGAGCCAAAAGACAAGCAACACACGACAUCAACCCUGUAUGGCAAGAUCAGUGUCGUGAAAUUGUUCUCCAGCGUCUGGGCAGAGACCCAAGUAGGAACAUUCACAGGCCCCACGCAGAACCCCCGACUGGCAGAGACUCUGGCCAAGAACCCGCAGUUCGCACAGAUGGUGGAUAUCAAUCUGGAAGAGAACCGGAUGAAGGCGGCGCUGGUGAAGAUGUUCAUGUGGAGCAUGCGCCGCAAGUUGCCCGAGCAGCAGCACUCUCGGUACUUCCUCGUGCAGAAGGGCUUUACCGAGACGCUCAAGGAAGCUGUCGGUAUGAUGAAUUCCAAGGUUGGUUAUGUGUACCUUGUGGAUUCGGAGUGUCGUAUCCGCUGGGCUGGAAGUGGUAAUGCCGAGCCAGCGGAAAUGGAGACACUCAACUCGGGGUUGCAGAAGCUUAUUGCGGAGAGAAAGGCCAUUUAUGAAGCUGAAAUGGCCGGCCGCAAGUAA